GCGCCUGCGGUGGGUGUCUGCUAUGAACAGCGCUAUGGCGGCUGUGGCAGUGUCAGAGUCCUGGCCCGAGCUGGAACUGGCGGAGCGCGAGCGGCGGCGGGAACUAUUGCUGACUGGGCCGGGGCUGGAGGAGCGGGUGCGCGCGGCAGGCGGGCGGCUACCUCCGAGGCUGUUCACUUUGCCGCUGCUGCACUACCUGGAAGUGAGCGGCUGCGGGAGCUCCGCCCCGGCUCGCUGCCCCUGCUCAGCGAACUGGCGGCCGCUGACAACUGUCUCCGAGAGCUCAGCCCCGACAUCGCCCACCUGGCCUCGCUUAAGACUUUGGACCUCUCCAAUAACCAGCUGAGCGAGAUCCCUGCUGAGCUUGCAGACUGCCCCAAGCUCAAGGAGAUCAACUUCCGAGGGAACAAGCUGAAGGACAAGCGCCUGGAGAAAAUGGUCAGCGGCUGCCAGACCAGGUCCAUCCUGGAGUACCUGCGAGUUGGAGGCCGCGGGUGUGGGAGAUGCAAAGGCAGGGCUGAUGGUGCCGAAAAAGAAGAAAGCCGGAAAAAGAAACGAGAGAGGAAGCAGAAGCGAGAGAGUGGUGAGGGGGAAGACGACGAGGUGGGGGACACAGGCCGGCUGCUCCUAAGGGUCCUGCAUGUCUCGGAGAACCCCGCUCCCCUGAUGGUCAGGGUCAGCCCCGAGGUCAGGGACGUGCGGCCGUACAUCGUGGGGGCCAUCGUGAGAGGCAUGGAUCUGCAGCCUGGAAACGCACUUAAACGCUUCCUGACAGCCCAGACUAAGCUCCAUGAAGACCUCUGUGAGAAGAGGACAGCAGCCACUGUAGCGACCCAUGACCUUCGUACAGUCAAAGGGCCCCUGUUGUAUGGCGCCCGGCCUCCACAAGAUCUGAAGAUUGUCCCCUUGGGGCGGAAGGAAGCCAAGGCCAAGGAACUGGUAAGGCAGCUGCAGCUGGAAGCCGAGGAGCAGAGGAAGCAGAAGAAGAGGCAGAGUGUGUCAGGUCUGCACAGGUAUCUUCACUUACUGGAUGGGAAAGAAAAUUACCCUUGCCUUGUGGAUGCAGAUGGGGAUGUGAUUUCCUUCCCACCAAUAACCAACAGUGAGAAGACAAAGAUUAAGAAAACAACUUCUGAUUUGUUUUUGGAAGUAACAAGUGCUACCAGUCUGCAGAUAUGUAAAGACAUCAUGGAUGCCCUCAUUCUGAAAAUGGCAGAAAUGAACAAAUACACUUUAGAAAAUAAAGAGGAAGGAUCACUGUCAGACACAGAAACUGAAGCAAUUUCUGGACAACUUUCGGAUUCCAAAACAAAUCCAAAUGCUGGAAAGGAUGGACAUUCCCCACUGGUGGUGGAGCAGGUCCGAGUGGUGGACCUGGAAGGGAGCCUGAAGGUGGUAUACCCGUCCAAGGCAGACCUGGCCACUGUGCCUCCUCACGUGACUGUCAUUCGCUGACAAGCCUGGCUACUGCCGUCAGAGCCAAUGGGCAGCUCGUCACAUGUAUCAUUGUUUUGCCUGUUUUACAGAGGUUUAUAUGUGGUGAUAUUAAAUUAUUCACUACAUUUUAACCUCAGUUUUUUUCAAAGAUAUAUGUAUUUAAGUUUUUCAGGAUGAUUCUGUUAUAAAGUGAAGCUAUAUUGUCAUUUCAUCACGAAAUUGAUUUUACUGUUUUUCAUGAAAUCAUUCAGGUGGCAGAAUUAACUGUUCAAAAUGUUCCGAAUCAUGUUGAAACACAGCAAAUAACUACUUACAGAAAAAAAGACACUACAGUUGUUUUGAAUAUUCACUUCUCAAUUGGGAAGCAAAUGACAUACAUUUUAUUGAACUACGCAAUUAUUUUUCUAUGAUGUUGCAUCUUUUUAGAUCAUAUUGUGCCAGUAGUAUGGCCUAGAAAUGUGCAAGGGCAUCAUGUUUUCCAGCUUGCAGCCAUCGUCAUCUUUUUAUUAAAAAAAAAAAAA